GCAGUCGCAGCUAGUGGGCAAGGCCAAAAAACCUCCACCAUCAUUAUUAACCAGCUGCCGCCGACUGCAGCGACAGUUUCUGUUCUCAGGAAAAAUAUAGUCUGAACAGCAAUAAGAGAGAGUGGGCAUUAAAGUGGACAUCUUUGUUUCAGAGGCCAGUCAGAAGAGCCUGAAGUAAAUCAGCACAAAAACAGACGGAGCCAUGGUGGAGUACUACCAGAUAUUGGGAGUCCAAAAGAAUGCAUCGCAAGAGGACAUAAAAAAAGCUUAUAGAAAAUUGGCAUUGAAAUGGCAUCCUGAUAAGAACCCAGACAACAAGGAAGAGGCAGAGAGACGAUUCAAAGAGCUGUCAGAGGCUUAUGAAGUCCUGUCAGACGAAAACAAAAGGAGUCUUUAUGACCGAUAUGGAAAAGAUGGCCUCAAUGGAGGAGGAAACCAUUAUGAUAACUUCAGCCACAGUGGCUUCACAUUCCGUAACCCAGAGGACGUUUUCAGGGAAUUCUUUGGCGGGAGAGAUCCGUUUGGAGAUUUGUUUGCGGACGAUCCCUUUGACGAUUUCUUUGGAGGCCACAAUCGUCAAAGAGGUGCGCACAGGAGCCGGAUGGGCGGGCCGCUCUUUGGGUUCGGCGGCUUGCCAGCAUUUGGGCCUAGCUUCUCAGGGUUUGAAUCAGGUUUUAGCUCCUUUGGCGAUAUGGGUGGCGGAGGAUUUACUUCCUUUUCUUCCUCUUCGUUCGGAGGCAGCGGAGGAGGGAUGGGCAACUUCAGAUCUGUGUCGACCUCUACCAAGAUUGUCAAUGGCAGGAAAAUCACCACAAAACGGAUUGUGGAGAACGGCCAGGAGCGGGUAGAAGUGGUGGAAGAUGGUCAGUUAAAAUCCCUUACAGUUGAUGAUAUCGCCCCCCAAGACCCGCUUGAGGAGGAGUUUCGCAGCCGCAGACAAAACAUGCUCCCCGGUUUGGGCCUCCACCAGCGCUACCUGAGGAACUCCGCCCAGAACCCCUCCGAGGAAGAGGAGGAGCACGGCCCGCAGAGCCUGGGACUAACGAGAGGACAUGUGGACACCAAGAGGAAGAAACUGUGGCUGAAGGAGGCGGAAUCCAAAAAGAAGCGAGCUCCUCGGCAUUUCCCUCGUUUCAGUGGCUUUGGCACCUAUUUUUGAACAGUUCUCGGUUACAUUUGGCAGAUGUGCCCUCAGCUGUAUGUGGCAUUAGUUUGUUUCGGCUAAAAUUCAGAGACCCUACUCCUCUGCUGCUGCGUCAUAGUUCCCUUUUUUUUUCUAUUAGCUGCAGCAAAGAGAAUUGUGUCUCUCCUGCUUGUAUUAACCAAAACCAUUCUCUCCGAGUCCUCCGCUUAAUAUUUAGAUUUGUACAGCAUUCGUUGUAGUUUACUGGUUGGCAGUGGUGGUUCUUGCAUGAACGGAGCCCGAGCUGAGACCCAACCAAUUAAAGUGUGGGAAAUCAUCUAUAUUCUGAGAUAGAGUAAAUUGCAAUGGAUUUCCACACAAAGCAUGUAAAAGUCUCCCAUUCUCCAGCAGGAAGCAGGAGACACCAGCUCUGAAUCGAAUGUGUACACGAAUAAAAGCAAUAGAAGACUCGUUCAAGGUGCAAC